GCAGUAGGUAGGCACGCUAUUGGACAUAAUUUGGCCGGCUCUUGUAAAAGCAAUACUUCGUUUCCAAAGUCCGUCGCAGUUUUGUGUUAGCUGUCUGUGAGUUAAGAUGGCGCAUUUAGUCAAUAAAUUGGCUGUUGUUACUGGUGCCACUGGUGGAGUAGGCUCCAAAAUUUGUGAAGAACUUGUUAAAAAUGGCUUGAAGGUUGCGGGCUUGGGUAGACGUCAACACAAACUCGACGCAUUGACUGCUAAAUUAGGAGAUAAGUUUUUAGCCGUAAAAUGUGAUUUAACCCAAGAAGACGAAAUUUUGAGUGCUUUCCAAUUGAUCGACGAAAAAUGCGGAGGUGUCCAUACAAUGAUCAAUUGUGCCGGCGUUUUGUUUUCAAAUGCUAUUUUAGAGAGCAAAACUGAAGAUUUGCGAAACACGCUCGAUAUAAACGUCUUGGCUCCAGCCAUCUGUACCCGAGAAGCUGUCAAGUCAAUGAGAAAAUACAACAUUAAGGGCCACAUUAUAAACAUGAACAGUGCGGCGGGACACAACGCCGAAGUGAUUAAGGCGCCCGUAGGCCUCUAUUGUGCUUCCAAGUACGCUGUUACCGGUAUGACGGCGAGCUUGAAAAACGAACUCUUCAAUACCGGCAUUAAAAUAACGAGCAUCAGUCCAACUGGGAUCGCAACGGAUAUGAUUCGACGAGCAGGUGUACCCGAUAAUCUUAUUCCCCACAUAGCGAUUCUCUAUCCCCAGGACGUGGCGGACGCGGUAAUUUACUCGCUGCGACAGCCAGAUCAUGUUCUUAUAACAGAAUUAAUGAUCACAUCUCCGGAGAAAGAAGUUAUCUUACCUUCGCAGGCCAAAACGCGCUAACGAGUCACAUUUUUGAAUAUCAUCCAACGGCUUGUAAUUAUCAAUUGCUUGAAAACUUAUACAUAAGUUUUAUUGCAAAAUGUAUUCAUAAACUAAUCAUGGAAAUUUUUGAAACAUUUGAAAAUGAUUCUUAAAUUUAUGAAAACUAUCUUUACAAACCAAAGUACAUCGACCUUAUAUAAAAAUAUUAAUAAUAAAAAAAAAAUAAUAAUGA